AUGUCUGAAAACGGAAAGAUUAUAUUCGUGACGGUUGGUUCAACCGGGUUUGAUCAAAUUGUUCAACUUAUUACGUCAACAUCAUGUCUCCAAUUAUUAAAUUCUCAAGGAUUCACCAAAUUAAUCGUUCAAUAUGGAAAAAGUCAAAAUGCGUUUAAUGAUUCGAUCCAAACGCGUAAGAAUCGAACAAACGAAAUUGACAUCAUCGGGUAUGAUUUUAAACCAUCAUUAAGUGAGGAUAUGAAAAAUGCGGAUCUGAUUAUUUGUCAUGCCGUAGUGAAUGAGAAUUUAAUGGAUAAUCAUCAAAUGGAACUUGCGAUUGAAUUACAAAAUAAAGGUUAUCUUGUUUAUAGUUCGAUCAGUGACCUUUUGAAAGUUUUGAAUUCGUGUACUUACGAACAUUUGAUUCCUUUUCCGGAACCGGACAAAUCACUUUUUGCAAAUGUUUUAAGUGAACUUUGA